GCCGGGCACGACGCAGCUCCGGCGGGAGCCGGGAAACGAUUUCUGCCAGCGGGACGCCGGGGAGCCGCCCGCCGCGGCGCGGAGCCUUGGAGGAGCGGGCCGGGAGCUGAGGGGGGCGGAGGAGGCGGAGGCGAGCGGGGCGCCGAUGGAGCGGGCGCUGGGGCUGCCCGCAGAAGAGGACCUCUUCCACAAGAGCCUCGCCGCCUCGGCCAAGCGCAUGGAGUCCGCCUUCCGCUCGCCCCCGGGGCUCGACCUUUCCCACCCCCGCGACCGCCAGCCCUCGCCGCUCGCCUGCUACGAGGCGUCGGAGCCCGAGGCGCUGCUGCAGCCCGGAGUCGGCGGCGACCCGCUGGCGCUGCCGCCGGGCUCCGUCUGCGUCAAGUACGGCGAGAGCGCCAGCCGCAGCUCGGUGGCCGAGAGCAGCGGCGGCGAGCAGAGCCCCGACGACGACAGCGACGGCCGCUGCGAGCUGGUGCUGCGCGGCGCCGGGGGGGACCCGCGCGUCGCCUCGCCGGCGGCGGGCGGCGGCGGAGGGGGGGGCGGGGGGCUGAAGGCGGCCGAGGGCAGCUGCUCCAACAGCCACGGGCACGGCGGCAGCAAGAAGUCCAAGGAGCAGAAGGCGCUGCGGCUCAACAUCAACGCGCGGGAGCGGCGGCGGAUGCACGACCUGAACGACGCGCUGGACGAGCUGCGGGCGGUCAUCCCCUACGCGCACAGUCCCUCGGUGCGGAAGCUCUCCAAGAUCGCCACGCUCCUCCUGGCCAAGAACUACAUCCUGAUGCAGGCGCAGGCCCUGGAGGAGAUGCGGCGCUUGGUGGCUUAUCUCAACCAGGGCCAGGCCAUCUCGGCCGCCUCCCUGCCCAGCUCCGCCGCGGCGGCGGCGGCGGCGGCGGCGGCGCUGCACCCCGCCCUCGGCGCCUACGAGCAGGCGGCCGGUUACCCCUUCAGCGCCGGGCUGCCCCCCGCCACCUCCUGCCCGGAGAAAUGUGCCAUCUUCAACAGCGUCUCCUCCAGCCUCUGCAAACAGUGCACGGAGAAGCCUUAAGCGCCGCCGCCGUGGCCGCCCCCCGCCGCCGCCGCGGCCCCGGGGAGCGGCGACAGCCGGCGCUGCGGUCCCGGGCCGGGGAGCGCGGAGGCGGCGGAGGGACUGACCGCUGCCCGGCCCCCGCCA